AAUCUCACUCUGGACAAUGUUUUUCCGACGAUGAGCUCGCGGACAAGUACGAUCUGCCGGAGCUCGUGCAAACCUGCACCGACUUCAUCACCAGUCGGCUGACGAACGAGGGGAUUUUGGCUACUCUGGAGGGCAUUUUGGCUACUCUGGAACAGGCGCUCCAGUGGCAUGCUGAUAGUAGUACUGUAGAGAAAUGCAUGGAGGUAAUUGAUUCAAAGACGGCGGCAGUGUUGCGAUCCGAACAGUUCGCCACGAUCGGGCGCAGCACACUCCUGGCGAUCCUGGAGCGGAGCCUCUAUCGGCUGAUGAGGAGUACCACAUUUACCAGGCUAUGGAAAGAUGGGCCGCAACGACAUGCAAACGUGACAACACAAAGCCGUCAGCCGCUAACCGGCGCCUAAUACUGGGCGAUGUCUUGUUCCUUAUCCGCUUUCCGCUCUUUUCCAGCGCCCAGCUCGCUGCUGGUCCUAUUAAGAACGGUCUUCUGAACGAAACUGAGCUGUUGAGCGAGUUGAUGUUCCACAAUGGUGGAGCGCCAUCGCAGCUGGUCUUUUCCACGGAGCGUCGCCACGAUGCUGUGAGGCGCAGCGGGUUGCAGAUAGGAGAGGAAGUGUUCGUGCAAAGCCCGGCCGGCUACUGGUUCCAUCCAGCCAAAAUCACCGGUAAUCGCGCUUCGCAUCUGGUCUUUACUUGGAGCUACAGUGGAGCCGAAGGGACUGCAGCGCCCAGUAAAAUUCUGCGGGCUGCGGAGAUCCUGAAGAACGGCCAGCCCGUGCAUGCGCUGGUGGAGAAAGGCUACUACCGCUAUGCGGUGUACGUGAUGGUCAUGCUGGACGGCAGGCACUGCGUCCAUUGCAAUAAGUCCGACGUGAUUGUGCGUUUUGAAGAACUGAUGAUACAGACCGCGGCCAGCCAUGUGCUGAAAAGGAGACAGGUGACAGCGGCAGCGGCAAACGAAUGAUGGCGGAUAUGGGAAUGCUGAUGUCUAGUGUUGGAUACCUGUUGCCUUACCGGA